CCUAACACAUACUCCGUACUAAAUAUUAACAGGACAUAGAAAAAAAGAAAUUAUUUCAUUAAAAAGUUAUAUCCCCCUUAUAUAUACGCUCUUUUUCCGUCUUCUUUUCGUCUUUUUUAACGCCUAUCUUCGUUACUUCCAAAUCGCACGAAUGAAUGAAGGAUGUCAUUGGCCAAUUUGCCGCCCACCGCCCCGCCAAGACACACACAGUCACACAGAGUUGCCGUUCACCGCCCCACCAUAGGGACAGGGUCACCCUUUUAUAUCUUCCUGGGAUUGCAGAUGUCACUCCUCUUCUCCAACUCCUCUCCGCCAAACCAAGGUAACCACCGUAAUCUUCCGGACUCAAACUUUUUUACCAGAAGUAGUUUCAUGAUGGAGAAAAGAGGGGUUAGCACAAGUCGGUGGGUCAAUUCUUCUAGAAUCCAUGCCGCUGCUUGAUUGAUCGGGGAAGGAGAUUGCUUGAUUGUGACCUCCCAUGUCCAACUUUUGAUUUCAUAAGUAAUUGCAUGGAUUCUGCCAAACUGAAAUUACAUCCUCAGGACUCCUCUUCUCCAACUCCUGAAAUUACAGACUUAUAGACUUUAAGCUAGGUGACUUAAAUACUGCUUGUGCCCCAUGUUAAUCUCUUCAGGUUAUUAUUGAACUUCCUUGGUAUGUUUACAUCUCCCUAAUAUUAUUAACGCCUAAGGGGGUUAAGCUCGAUUUUUUCCCGUCUAAUUUCUAACGCCUCUACUGUUCUCUGUUUCUUUCUCUUCCUAAUUGCCCAGCCUCUUUCCAUCUCUCUCCAAUUCCCCCACGAACGCUGAAUGCUAUUCGCCAUUCUCGCCGCCCACUGCCCCACGAUGAGAGCUUAUUCACCGCCCACCUCUCAUAUUUUCAUUCUCUUUCCGAUACAUCUUUGUCCUUCAAUUUCCCGGUAUUUCGUUGUUUCUUCGUGCCUCUUCAUAUCCCUGCAUAUUUAGGAAUUCAUCAUUAUCAUCUUCUUUAAUUUGAGUUGUUGAUAGUUGAAUUUCACAGAUUUUUAGAAGUAGGUGUUUCAACAUUUGGGAAUCUGCUCAAGCUUUAGGGAAUUCCAAACUUUGGAAGUUUCUAGGAUGAAGUUCUUUUGAAAUCGAGUCAAUUUUUAAUACACCUAUUCUAAUUUCGGAAAGACUUGGUGAAAGAGAGGUGAUCAAAUCCUCCAAAUCCCCACAAACAGAUUGUAUAUAUGUCGUGCAUGUUUGUGAAAAUCAUUUAUCUCAUAGAAAUGAUUUGGAGGAUUUGAAGUCCUUAAAAGGUAAUUUAGAAUGCGCUUGUGCAGUUGUGCCCAUUUGGUGCCCAAAUGAAGGGUAUAAAUAAGCUUUUUGUUGAGCUGUAAUGUAGCUAAAGCUAUUGUUUUUUUACAAAUCCGAGGUUCAUGUUACGUUGUUUGUAAUAUUUAGAUGUAUGAAUUUGUCAGAUAAAAGGGGUUUUUCUUCAACAGAUGUUAUACCCGAGUAAUAUUUAGGACUUUCUACUGCCUAUUUUAAGGGAUUUUAGGAGUAAGAUUUCCAUGUUUGGUCUAUCACAGUAGCACUGAUGAUGGAAAAAAAAGGCAAAUAUAGCUAAGGUAGAUAGUCUUAUUUCUUCCUUUUUUGGCUUCUUAUCGUUGGGAUCUUCGCAUGUAGUAGUGACCUCUACCUGAGUACUUGCGGUUGUUGAUGCCGGGUAGAUGGGCAUUAAAGAUAGCAACCAUAGUCAUAGAAUUGUAAAUGUAAAUUUUAAGAAACAAGCCAAAGGUAAAUCAAGUCCAAACCAUCCCAAAUGGCCUAAAAUUCACUACAAAGGACCAUUGUGCAAACUAUUCAUAAUGACCUCUUUUGCAAACACUUCGAUCUUAGACAAUUCUGCUAUAACAUUGUAGGUUGCACUGCUGAACAGUU